CUGCUGUCUGUGCUGUGGGACACCAAUGGGAGUGCGGGCCAGGCAGGGCCUGUCCCCAGGAGACUCAUUAAACCACUGCUGGCCGAGGCAGCCUGGAGGGGCCCAGUCCGGCUCACACUUCAAGGCCACUGUUGGCUGGCAGGGCUGGCAGGUCACCGUGGGCCGUCAUCGGGCCCCAUGAGAUUUCACACUGCACGCCUCCCAGGCCGCCAGGGCCACCCAGGCUGGCUUGCUCCCCUCUCCUGGUGCCCAAGGCCUGGGUUAAACAUUAGUGGGAGGUUAUCAGCUGGGUUCGGGGCGGGAGAAGGUAGUUACACUUUCACCGCGUCCGCUCUGCGGGAGCCACCGUCCCCACCGGGCCGGACGAUGCCUGUGGAGGAGUUUGUGGCCGGCUGGAUCUCCGGUGAGACCUCUUUCCUCCCCCUGUCACGUCCCCCCAGUGGUGGGUCACUUCCUGGGGAAGGAGCACUGGGCUUGGUGCUGGGACACCCCUUCGACACUGUGAAGGUGCGGCUACAGACCCAGAGCACCUACCGAGGCAUCAUCGACUGUACGGUCAAGACUUACCGCCAUGAGUCGAUCCUGGGCUUCUUCAAGGGCAUGAGCUUCCCCAUCGCCAGCAUAGCCGUGGUCAACUCGGUCCUGUUCGGGGUCUACAGCAACGCCCUGCUGGCGCUCACGGCCACCUCCCACCACGAGCGGCGCCUCCAGCCGCCCAGCUACACGCACGUCUUCAUAGCCGGCUGCACCGGGGGCUUCCUCCAGGCCUACUGCUUGGCCCCUUUUGACCUCAUCAAAGUUCGGCUACAAAACCAGACAGAGCCAAGGGCGCGGCAGGGGGGCCCCCCACCCCGGUACCGGGGGCCCGUGCACUGUGCGGCCUCCAUCUUCCAGGAGGAGGGGCCGCGGGGGCUGUUCCGGGGAGCCUGGGCUCUGACGCUGAGGGACACCCCCACACUGGGAAUCUACUUCGUCAGCUACGAAUGGCUCUGCCGCCAAGCCACGCCAGACGGCCAGAACCCCACUACGAGUACCUCCUCCACUUGUGGGGAUGAGGCUGCACAGGCGCUGCCCGCAGCUCCCCAGGUGGGACGGACCGCCACCCACCUGCCCAGGUCGGAGGCCAAGUGGAAAGCACCAGGUUGAGAUUUCAAUGCAAGAGUCUCAGCCUUCCUGUCGAGGCACCUCCCGGCCUGGAAGGUGCAGAUGGGGCUGGGGAGGUGGUGAGGAGCAGGCCCCGCCCCCAUCCUGAUUCCUUCGUAAACAACUACCUUAAGCGGUGGUGCUGGAGACAUCCCGGCCACCUGUGACCUUACCCUCCACUGCUGCCUGGCUGCUAACUCUCCCCUGGAUUCCAGGGCGGCGCCCUCAGCCGCCUCCCACCCCAUCUCCUUUCCCACCUCUCCCCCCUGACUCAAGUGUGGCCUUUACACCUCCGGCUGUCCACAUCCUUCAGCGACUCCCACCCCCUCCAGGGAAAAGCCCGAACUCCACCCCUCCUGAUGGGGCACCUCCCUCCGCCAGCUCCCUCUCCCUCAGCAGCUUCGGCAGCCUAGCCCUGCCCCAGCACAAGCUGUGCCCCUCAUCACCCCCAGCCUGGAAGGUCUAGUCCAGUGAUGGCGAACCUAUGACAUACAUGUCAGAGGUGACACGCUAACACAUUUUUUUGG